GGGCGGGCAUCGAGACUUGCAUCAUUACUUCCCAAGUAGUACCUAGAUCUUGGUCCCCCGUCUUCAAUCAGCCUUUCACCACCUUGUGUAUAUCAACGACCCGACCCACCUUGCCAGCUGUCGAAGGCCCCCCGCCCCCAUUCGGCACUCUCGCCGUGUCAUAAUCAACGACCUUCGGACCUUCGUCCCCCGCCCUGCGCUUUCUUUCUCGGCUUAAUCCAAACUACGAGCAUUACGCAUCGUCAUCUCUCUGUAUUUGGGAUCCAUCUUCAUCUCCCUAUAAUCAUCCAUUAUGGAGCUGUACAUCCCUCCCCCAUCCUCGUUCCUCCCUCGUCUUCCACCGCCGCGUCCGGUGGUACCAGCGGUCCCUGUGGUCCCCGUCCCGGAACUCCCAGAAAAGGUGCACGCUCCAGAAGGAGCUUACACUCUGAAUGCUUCGUUGUUCCCAUCCAUCGGAACACCGGCAGCGCCCAUGGCCUAUGAUCCUCGGACAUUAGGUGGAGGGCCCCCCUUCGUAGGUGCUGCUGGGGGAUUCAUGGUUCCACCCGGUAUAAAUUCUCUGCCUCCUCAAGCUGGUCAAACGGCCAUGUCAUUCGGAUCAACCGUUGUCAAUGGUCAAACACAACCUGCUUGGCCGGUCAAAAUGACCUUCAUCCCAAUCUACUUUGCUCCCAAAGGAUUCGGCGCAGGAGGAGGUGGUGGGGGUAUAGGAGGAGGAGGAGGAGUUGGUGGUGGUGGUGGAACCCAAGUGACAUCUCCGACUAAUGGCGUCAAUCAUGCUGGAAUGUACGAACCGUCCGUUUCCUCUGAUUCAUCCGACCCAACAUCUUCAGAUAACGUCGUGGUCCCUCCGACACCGAUGGAAGUUCCCCUCUCUGCUAUACCUCAGGCUCAACCUGGUAAACGAAAUAUCAACAUCUUUGCAAAGAAUGCCAACGUGUCGAAUACACUGCCUAGACCAAAGAAUAAUCUGAGAUCAUCCAAUUCCACUUUCGUCACGAGAUUGCAGACCAUGGACAACUUGCCAAAGGUCUUGGCGGAAAGAGGGAGAGGAAGUGCUGGUGAAAUGGUCAGGUGGGGGUUCUGGAAUCUGGGUAGAACGUUUGGUUGGGCAGAAGAAGGAGGAAAGUACAAAGAAGCAUUCUCCCGCGUAACAUUCUCUCAAGUCCCGACUUGCCAUACUGUCUCGCCAUUCACUGCCAGUCCUGACCGUCUCGAUAUUAUCGUUGGCUUCGCCUCGGGUGAUUUGGUGUGGUUGGAUUUCAUCGCGGGAAGAUACUCGCGAAUUAACAAGGGGGGAAUUCUCAACAACACCGCUGUCAGCUCCGUCCACUUUGACCCUCGUCAUCCCCAUCAUUUCAUUGCAUCUUUCGCAGAUUCCACCAUCCUCCAAUUCAACAUGUUCGCCGAAGACCCCGUGUUGCCUCCAGCAAACAGUACGACUCCCAUGCCAUGGACCACUCAAUUUGAACGCCAAGAAGAACAACAGAGUCAAGGCGAGCGAACGAGUACACCUCUUCCUGGGUCUAGGCUCGCCAACGAGCACCCGGAGCUCGAGAAAAUAGCAUCAGACAACGAGCCACAAAGCACUGCUGCACCUCAGGCGGGUCCAACGGGUAUGACGAACAGUCGACAAGUGUAUGUUGAAUGGGUGGAAAAAUUGCUGGCUUGGAAGAAUGAAGAUUUCGGUUCGUUGGCUGAACUGAGCAAGAUGAAAAAGGGAGAAGAGAGGGGUACAUGGGUCGGAAAAAAUCCCAUUGCGGCCUUCAAAGUCGUCAAGCAAGGUCUGAGCUCUUUGGCCUACUCGCCGGAUGGGAGAUAUCUCGCUGCGGUCGCGGAGGAUGGCAUGCUGAGACUCGUCGACGUGGCGGAGGAGAAGUUGACAGAUGUGUUUGGAGGAUACUUUGGAGCUCUGAAUUGUGUGGCUUGGUCUCCCGACUCACGCUUUAUCGCCGUUGGAGGUCAAGACGACCUCAUCACCAUCUACUCUGCUCGUGAGACUCGGGUGGUCGCUCGAUGUCAGGGUCACUCGGCAUUCGUCACCAACAUUGCAUUUGAUUAUUCUCGCGGUGGAGGAUACAGGUUCGGAAGUGUAGGCGAGGAUGGCAAGUUGGUCUUGUGGGAUUUCACUGCUGCUCAACUUCAUCGACCACGCCAUCAUACUCAUCAUUCCAACUUGUCUCAUCAUCGUAUCCCUGGUUCUACUAUUUCGCUGAAUACUCAAGUGCACGGUAUGGGCGUAGAAAUCCAAGGCACAAGGUACCACGAAGCGCCUCCACGGAGCGAAGUGGCGGACUUACAACCCGUCAUGGCCCGAAUGGUCGAAGGAAAUCUCCUCACCGUCAUUGCGUUUACACCCUCGGCCAUAUUCACCGUCUCACGCGCUGCGCAGCUCAAGAUCUGGCAGAGACCCCCGAGACAAAUCAUGAACCCUACGAGACAGAGGCAAAAGUCUGCUCAGAGUCAAAAUACUCAGGGUGGUGGAGGGACACCAGGGACACCUGGAGGCAUGAGGACCACGAGAGGAGGGGGCGAUGUGGCUGUUGCGGCGUGAGCGAGGAGCGAGGAGCGAGAGCGAGAGCGUCGAGCUCUCGCUGAGGACGAAUCGAGCGAGGCAGGCGAGUGGAGCGUUCGACAUCUCUCUCAUGGGAGGAGAAUAUAUGAGCGAGGGAAGAAGUGU